UAAUGGAAAGAUCAUUGGUUUUCAUGGAAGGGCCAUUUGGAAAUGGGAAAAACCGAUGGGAUGAUGGCAAGCAUGCAGAUAUCAGACAAAUUGUUGUAGUCUCUGGUUCUGCAAUUGAAUCUGUUAGUUUUACCUAUGAGGGUCCUCCUUUCAGACACGGUAGAACUCAUGGUGGCAAAACAAAUACGAUAAAUCUGGACUGGCUAACUGAAGUUCUUAUUUCGGUUUCGGGAUAUAUUGUGAAUGAUUUUGGUUCUACUGUCAUCCAUUCACUCACAUUCCAAAGCAAUAAAAGGACAUAUGGACCAUUCGGCACUGAAACCGGAAGGAAGUUUUCAUUUCCAGCAACUGGUGGAAAGAUUAUUGGAUUCUAUGGGAGUUCUGGUUCCCAUCUUGAAUCUCUAGGAGCAUAUUUGGAACCAAUCUCUCAUCUAUACCCGAUCGAGUGUGUUGGACCAUUGGGGGGCCAAGGUGGACACUCCUGGGAUGAUGGAAAAUUCAAUGGAGUAAAGAAAAUAAAGAUGACGUUAGAAGAUGAUGUCAACUGCAUCUCGUUUGAGUAUGAUGAUAAUGGUGAAUCUAUUUGGUCCUCUGCACAUGGUAAUGAAAACGGAAGUAUCCUUACGGUUAACUUGAAUUACCCUCAUGAGUUCUUGAUCUCGGUAUCAGGAUAUAUCAAACAUGACUGUUCUGUUAUUCAAUCACUCACGUUCGAAAGCAAUAAAAGAAGGCUUGGACCCUUUGGUAAGGAAGGAGGGAACUUCUUUCGCUGUGCAUUGACAUGCCACAAGAUAAUUGGCUUUCACGGAAGGUCUGGUAUCCAGCUUGAUGCGCUAGGAGUCUACUUUGAACCAAUUUCUGAUCUUCAUCUCUUGAAAUCCAUUGGGCCGUUUGGAAAACAAGAUUGGGGCAAUCCAUGGGACGAUGGAGAUAGCACAGGUGUGAGAAAAAUAAUGAUUAAAGCUGGAGAUGUUAUCGACUCCAUUACUGUUGAGUACGACAAGGACGGGCGUGUGGUUCAGGGCCCUAGACAUGGUGGAGAUGGGGGAUAUUUAACGCUCGAGGUAUGGCCCUUCAGACGUUUGCUUAAUCUUAUGAACGUGCAGCUUAUGGGUUGUUGCUAAGGUUUUAGUUUUAAGUGGUCUAGAGGUCACGUUUAUGCAGAUGAGCAAAGUAUUCUAAACAGAGCGUGGAAGUAAAAGUAAGAUGAUGAGAACAAUCUGGAUUUUGAGUUUGACAAAUGAUCUCGAAUAAGAAAGUCAUUGUUGGGGCA